ACUUUCUCAGAAGAACAUGUUUCAUUUUCCUAAUUUAAUGUUUGUUUUUAAUUUAGUGGAAAAACAGAUUUGCCCGGGUCACAAGACUUUCUCCUGUAGCAGAUUUUUUAACCCUGCAGCUCUGGCGGGAUGGGAAAGAAGUUGAAAAACAUGAAUCUCCAACUAAGGGUAGUAUAUCUCUAUCUGGGUAUCUGGGUGCAGAAACCUGCUUUAAUCUGGACAAGGAGUCUAAUACAAUGGCUUUGAUAUUUCAGGAUAAUGUGAUUAUUAUUGCUCUUCAGUCUAGAGAAAUCCUCAUCAAGUGGCAGGUUCGUUUGACCGGACAAUUUGAGGAGGGUCAGCAGUAUACAGUUCAUCUAGUCUCGGCUCCCAAGAAGGGAAAACUGGGGACUGGGGGCCAGAUGAAACUUCAUCUCCAAAAUAAUAGAUUUAGUCUGACUACUGGAAUACCUCCUCAUCUCAUUCAUACAUGGAAUAUGAUUGAUCUAAGGAGGUAUGGAGGUGUGGAUGGAGGAAGGUUUUGUAUCGAGGGGGGUACCAGGUGUGGAAAAGGGGAGGGUCUUCAUGUCUUCAGAGUUGAUAAUUCAGAUGAAAUGCAGGUAGCCUUUGACCUGGCUGGUAAGGGAAAGCUAGAGAACCGAAGGCAGAGACUGAAUCCACAAACCUCAUUAUCAUUAUCACAGUCGCCAUCGGUCAGUUCAAACCUUUCCACUGUGCAUAGAUCUGGAGACUCUGGUGAAUCUGGGAGUUCUGGCAGUCCUCUUCUACACUUUGGGUCCGUUAGAUCAAAGGAGGAGAUACAGAGAAACAGGUCCAGAUCUAGAUCCAGGUCCAUGAAUACUAGUGGAGCUUGGUCCAGUCUAGAUAAUGGACAACACCUUGUAUAUUUCUAGGUCCAGAUCUAGA